UUUAUUUUCACUACGUUGGGGGGAAGUAUGCAUAGAUAAGACUACCGACGGUGCAGCCAGCACUUAGUCGCACUGAAAGCAUGAACUAUCGUGCUAGUUAGCGAGUAUUAUGGGGUGAAAAUGUGCGACUUUUCCCUGUCAUCCUAACCUCAAGUGGUACAUCCCUAAUGGUGAACAGAAGAAGGGUGUCUGGAACAGGAAAAGGGCUGGGAACAGGCGACGGAGAUGGAAUGGUCAGCGAUGUCGUGAAAGACACAGGGGGUAAAGCAGCAGGUAAAAUCCCGGACGGUAGCGGCAUGUGUAGCGGAGAAAGCGGUCCCAGGAAGCGACAACACAGCGAGUCGAGCAGAGACGACCAGGGCGGUACAACAGGCCAUCCCGUGCUCAGGUCUAGUAAGAGACUGAAAAAGGACGAAAGUCCACCACCAGAACACAAGAAGGAACAAGAAGAGACAGAGAAGGGACCAAAUAGUGGUGCAGGAGAGCCCCCUGCCCGCGGGAAGAAGAAAUGCCAGAAACGUACCUGGGAAUCAUGGAACCAGGAGGACAAGGACGCUUUCUUCGAGGCUUUGUAUGAGUAUGGGAAGGAUUUUGAAUCCAUCCAAGCUCACAUUGCCAACAAGCACAAGAAGCGUGGUGACCCGCCCUCCCUUACCAAGAACAAGGACCAAGUGCGGCACUUGUACUAUCGCACCUGGAACAAGAUCUCCAAGUUUCUAGACAUCAAUGAAGAUGUGAAGAAGGCUGUUCAGGAGCUGUAUGGACUCAUCAACUAUGGCGAACUGAGGAAAAAAAUUGGACGGCUAGAUGAGAAAAAUGGACACAAACUAAAUGAACUCAUCAAGUAUGGGGUGACAACAGUGAGGGUGAAGGGGAAAAAUGUCAGAAUAAAGACACCUGUUUGUAGGGCCUUGAAAAGGCUGAACAAUAUUGAUGAUGAUGAAGACAAGCGCCCGGAGAAGCUCCCCCCGCGGGUCCAGCUGGAACUGCAGCCCCACUCCAACCAGGCGUGGGCUGUCAUCCAAGGACUGGCACAGAACCCUCGAGUCAGGUUAAACAUCCCCCUGCACAGACGAGUGGCAUCCCUGCUGGAGUUCCUGCAGGUGAAGUGGACCCCGCACAGGCUGAAAAUUCUCCAGCAGCUGAGUGUGUCGGAGGAGACCAAAGUCCACCUGUCUAUCCUGCCUCCGCCUGGUGCCAUCAUCAACCCCAUUCCUGUUACAGGGAAAGUUGUGCACAGCAAGAACUUCUGUUACAUCGCAGAGCCAACCAAGAACACAAAACCCCUGGUCAUCACCAACGCUGUCCUAUCAGCCAAGGGAAAACCUGCAAACAAGCUGGACAACACCUCCAAAAGUUGCAGUAGUGAUGCCGCAGGUCUGAAACAGGAUUGCCCUUCCAGGUGUUUGAAUGAGGAAGAUUUUCAAAGUAGCAAAGCAGCAACAACAGACUUGUCAGAACAAGACAGUGGGCAGCAAGCAGCAGACGGUGCUGUACAUGUAGUAGACAGUUGUGCGUCCCAGUGUCAGUGCAAUACAGAAGAAGAAGAAUCUGGGUGUAAAAGAACUGCUGAACAGGACAGCUGCCCUGGACAUGAGUGUUGUCAGUUGGAGUCAGCCAGGAACCCAGACCAAGCAGAUGUAGGGAGGGAAGGAUUGGGGCAGACCAAUGGUAGUACAGAUGGUGUAAAUAGUAACGAUGCACACGGUGGGAGAGAUAUCACAAGAACUGAAGAAAGAGACACAUCAGGGGCAGAAGAAUGUCCCACGAACAAUGACAGUAGCGUCAGCUGCAGUGAGCCUGCAGCAGAUACACAGACCAUGUUGGCUGGUGGGCAGCAGUCAGAUGGUGCUCCACAGGGGGAGGUUGUUUUUACAGACAAUAUGCAACAAGACAUCAGGCCAGACAGCAAUAGUAAGAAAUUCCCUGGGGUCUGA